UUGAUUUUAGGAAUCCUGCGAGUUAAAAUAAAACAAACCGGUGUUUAGCGCUAGUUUUAUCUGAAUAGCAAAAUACGACUUUCACGUUUAUUUUAUAUAAAUCAGUAUAGUUUAUCAGUGAUAAAAGCCCAAAAUGACCACCGACGACGAAACAAAAAACGCACUGCGGCCGAUGUAUUGCGAGCUGAACGUUCUCACACGAUCGGAUGGAUCUGCUCUGCUGACACAAGGAGAAACAGCCGUCAUAGCCAGUGUCCACGGACCGGCGGAAGUCAAAAUGCAACAUAUGAACGUGGAAAAAGCCCACGUUGAAAUUCACUUUCGACCCCGAUCCGGUCUGGGAAGCGUCAACGAUCGCCUGCUGGAAAGUCUAAUUAGAAACACCUACGAAUCGGCCAUCCUGACGGGACUCCACCCACGAACGGCAAUCUCCGUUCAGAUCCAAGAAAUGCAAAAUCUCGGCGGACUUGUAGCUUGUGCCAUUAAUGCCGUCUGUUUGGCGCUGGUCAACAGCGGCAUCGAGAUGAAAUAUCUGGUAGCGGCGGUGCACAGCGUGCUUGGAGAGGAUGGUGAAAUUACGUUGGAUCCGGAUGAGUUACAGUCCAAGGAUGCACGGGCAAAGUUUACGUUUGUGUUUGAAAGCGUCCGCAGGAAUACGGUUUCUAUUUAUACGCACGGAAAGUUUACACCGGAACAGUACCACCGGGCGCUGAGGAUGGGUACGACCGCGGUGGAGAAGGUAUUUGAUUUCUAUCGGGAGAUUGUGGUGAAGCAGUGUAAGGCGCUGUGAAAUAAAAGGGGUUUCAAGUUCAA